CACGCUAUUAAAAAGAGAAUUGGUAAGAGAGAGUGUCUGUUUGAUGUUUCUGCUCUGAAUCCUUAUAUUCAUGAGUGGAAAAUUAAAGUCAAAAUUUUAAGAAAGUUCACAUGUUCUUUCACUGGAUACAAGACCUUUGAUUUGAUCUUAGUUGAUGACGAGGGUCAGAAAAUACAUGCCGUUAUGGGUAUUGAAUUCGAAGACAUCUUCUCUAUGAGACUGACAGAAAGAUCAUGGAUAAGUUUGUCGAGUUUCUCUCUCAGUCGCGUGAUUGGAACAUUUAGGCCUACCGAUCAUCGUUUUAUGAUACACUGGAAAUCGACGACUUGGUUUAGGAAUAUCCAACCUAUGAGUUAUGACAAUUUCUUCAAGUUUGACUCUUUUGAAGAUAUUAAAAGCGGCUCUUUGGACACAAAUAUAUGCGGCGAUCUGAUUGGAAGGGUUGUGGCCGUAGGGAAUCAGAAUGACGAAGAACCUCCUGACAAUGAGUGGAAUGAGAUUUUUUUCGACAUCGAAAACAUCGACUUACCGCGCAAGGCGCGGGUACCUGCCCUAGUGCUAGAUACAAUUCACAAUAUAUAUAAAUGCUCGUCAGCAUUUAUAUAUGGUCUUUCAUGACCAAAUAUAUCUAUUUGUAUU